UGAUAGGCUCGUCCCGUUCCUAUCUUUUCACCUAUACUUUGGGUGUUAAUUGUCUAAUUUUUACAAUUAAUCGAGUGACUAUUGGGGGUUUUGAGUGAAAAUUUGUUAUUUUUCGGUCCCGGUGGCAUUCAUAUUCAGUGUAUAAUUUUUUACACAAUUUGACAUUUUGGAGUAAUUUGAUUGUAGAGUUACAUGUUAUUAGCAGUUGUGGUGAGUUGUGAUUUUACAGGCCGAAUUUGCGGUGAAUAACAUAUUGUUUGGGCCGAAUCAUUUGUGGGUUACUUUAUUAAGUGAAGUCCAAAAAAGCAAAGAAAAAAAAAGCCACUUUAGCAGCCCAAAAGAAAAAAGAGAAACGGAUCAGCUGGGGUUUUUUUCUCAUGGAAUUCAGCCGCACCAAGGGGGAGAUUCUCUUUUCUAUUCGUAGCAGCAGUUCAUAAGCAGCCGGAGGAGGAUGCGAUUCUUUCUGUUCCAACAGCAGCCGUAGCAUACAACCAAGCAGUAGCCACAGGUGGAGUCUUUCUUUCUGUCCUUCGUUAACUAGCUGGCCCAAGGAUUUUUCAUUCCUUUCUUUGACAAUCAACCGUAGCAGCAAACAAGAGACCAAGGAAUGCAUAAACUUCACUUCUUCUCAUUUUAUUUCAAUUCAAUUCAGAUUCUAAACAAGAAUUGUAAGUGUUAGCCGUUUUUACUUGACUAGUUCUUGAUUUGGAUUGAAUUUGGAGUUCGGUUGUCUCCAACUGGUAGUUUCAGACUUUUCCAUUGAUUACUUAUAAUUCAAUUAUUUCUCUAGCUCUUAUCAUGCUUAAUCAUAAUACUGUCAUGUUGAUUUUAGUUAUGAGUAGCUAAUCUCAUAUAGGGUUUGAAUUGGGACUAGGGUUCAUGGGUUCUUGAGGGUGUGAAUUUAGUUUUUCUGAAAUUCAAUUAAUUUUCUGGAAAAUUGUAUAAGAUUAAUUAUAUUUGUCUAUAUGAAUUUGAUCACCUCAUAUAUGAAUUUAUUGAUUUAAUUCAAUUCUUGUCUAUGAGAAAUUGAGUUGAAUAAGCUCGAAUCUUAUACAAGCAAUUUGAUCUUAGAAGUAAGUUAGGAUUGUGAUAAUAUGAUUUAAUUCUCGUCUAUGAGAAUUUAUUUCAUUUUCUUUCCAGGAAAAAUUGAAAAUCAAUUUUACUUAAUUCUAAUCCCGAAAGACCACCCAGAACCCGAACCAUCCAAUUUGAACCCUGUUUUAAUAUCCUGAAUCAAUUUAAUUUAAUUUUUUUUCUCUAUUUAAUUUUGCACUCACUAUUAGUUAGUUUUAUUUUUAAACCACUCAAAAAAUAUUUAUUCGGAAAGAUUACCAUGACUUGUGCUAGCCUGUGAUCACGGACUGUAUUUAAAACUUCCUUUUUGCCACUCCUUGAGAGACGAUACUCGUGGUCUGGUUAUUCUUCGGAUUAGCCAACUACGUUUUACUCACUAAAAAAAUACACCGAUCAAAUGGCGCCGUUGCCGGGGAGUGGCACGGUUGUUUGUUAAGUACUUUUCUGUGGAAUAGGUAAAAGCAAGUCGGUGAGACUUUCUAUUUUUUUCUGUUAUUUGUUUGUCGUUUUUGGUGUUCUUUGCACGUGAACUAAGCUGCAGGAACCAGUGUAUGCGCACUCGCUCCUCGGGGGAACAAGAUUUAAUUGCAGGUUAUUCUGAUCCUGAGCGCUUAUUCCGAGGACGAGCUAAAAGGCGUUUGCUAGAAGACUUGGAGAAAAUGGCCGAUCAGACAACUCUAGAGACGCUGACUCCUAAUUAUGUGGCGAGAAAUAGCAUUGGUGCACCCACCAUUGAGGCCAACAAUUUUGAAAUCAAGCCGGCCAUGAUCCAGAUGCUUGCUAAUAAUCCAUUCUGUGGAUACGCCCAUGAAGAUCCAAUGGAGCAUAUUGAGAGCUUUAUUCAGACUUGUGCCACGUUCAAAUAUAACGGGGUAUCCAGCGAGGCAGUGAGGUUGACUUUAUUCCCAUUCUCUUUGAGAGACAAGGCAUCGCGGUGGCUCCGUAGCUUUCCAAACGGGCAUUUUGAUACAUGGGAGAAACUUCAUCAAGCAUUUAUGCAGGAGUAUUUUCCUCCCUCUGCCGCUAUCAAGGUUCAGACAGAAAUUCUCAAUUUCACUCAAGCUCCGACCGAGACAUUCAGUGAAGCAUGGGAUAGGUUGAAGAUGUUAAAAAGGAAAUGCCCUGAAACAUUCAUGAAUGCAGCCACAAUUAUGUGCAGAUUUUAUAACGGGUUGCGGCUGGAGUAUAUGAGAGAACUUGACCGGGCAUCUCAAGGGGGUAUGUUUCUGAAAUUAUCCCCACAGGCAGAAGAGCAAAUAAUUGAAAACUUGGCUUCAAAUGACAAGUAUUGGUAUGCGGGUAAAGAGAGAGCUCAAAAUCCACCCGGUUUGCUCAAUCUUGAUCCCAUCACUGCACUUACAGCGAAGAUUGAGGGGCUGGUAGUGGAAGUGAAAGACUUGAAGGCGCAGACCUCUCAACAGCAGCAAGUUCAUAAUAUUGGGGCAUAUCAGCCCUCUUAUCCUAUGUAUUCUGCCCCACUUCUUGUUCGAACAAGCUAUCCAAGCCCAACCGGCCAAGAACUCGCUUUAUCUUGCGAGAUGUGCAUGGGAGCUCACCUCACUCACACAUGUCCUCUUUAUGCUCAGAAUCAGGCAUCACCAGUGGUCCAGAACGUCAAUUUCAUGGAAUAUGGUCAAGGCCAGAGAGGAGGUGGACAAUUUUUCAACAAUCAAGGUCAGAGAGGAAACUUUCAGCAAGCAGGAGGCACGUGGAGGCCUGAAAAUCAGAAUCAAGGGCAGCGGAAUGCCCCUAAUUUUCAAGCAAAUUUCCAGAAUAGAGGCCACCCAAACCAGCCCGCUUAUGUCCCGCCUCAUCAAAGACAGCUUGAGCAGCCUCCUGCAAAUGCAGUGUUGGAGAAAACAGUGGUUGAAUUAGCAAAAAAUCAGGCGGAGAUGCAUCAGCGUUUCAGCAACCUUGAAGCUCUCAUUCGCCAGCUCAGUUCAGUUGCUCCUAGAGAACCAGGCAGCCUUCCGAGUUCAACAGAACCUAAUCCAAGGGAGCAAGUGCAGGCUGUUACACUGCGAAGCGGGAGAACACUUCCAGAAGUUGAUACUCCGCCUCUGCCACAUCAAAGAGAUGACCAGCAACCUCAAGGCUCAGAUUCCCAGGAGGUUGAAGAAGAAUCAGUGGCUGCCCCUGUUCCAUCCAAGAGUAAUGAAGCUCAAAAAGAAGAUUCUCAGAAGAAAAAGGAGAGUAAGAAGACUCCACCCCUUCCGUUCCCUACACGGGUGAAGAAGAGCAAUGAUAACACGAACUUGAUCAGAUUUAUGGAGCAUCUAAAACAGCUCCAUAUCAAUAUGCCAUUCAUGGAAGCAUUGACAGAGAUGCCGAGGUACGCGAAGUUUUUGAAGGACCUCCUCACGAAAAAGAGGAGGUGGGAAGAGCCAGAAGUGGUGGAUCUCAAUGCAGAAUGUUCAGCGGUUGUUCUGAGGACCAUGCCACCAAAACGAAAAGAUCCAGGGAGUUUUCUUGUACCUUGUUCUAUUGAAAAUUUUAUGUUUAAUAAUGCUUUAGCCGAUUUAGGAGCGAGCAUCAAUUUGAUGCCUUCCUCUGUGGUUAUGAAACUUGGCUUGGGUGAACUUAAGCCCACUCGUAUGAGCCUCCAGCUAGCAGACCGAUCGGUGAAAUACCCGAAAGGAAUUCUAGAGGAUGUAUUGGUACGAGUGGACAAGUUCAUAUUCCCGGUCGAUUUUGUGGUCAUGGACAUGGAGGAAGAUCGUGAGACUCCACUUAUUUUAGGGAGGCCCUUUCUGGCUACUGCUAGGGCCCUUGUUGAUGUUGCUGAUGGUUCACUUUCUCUGAGAGUUGGGGACGAUGUGUGUACCUUUAAACUCUCAGAUGUGAUGAGUAAGGCCUCAGACCCCACUGAAUCAUGCAAUUAUCUUGAUAUGUUUGAGUCAGUGGAGGGUUAUUUGUUUGGAGGCGAUAGUGAUAUCUCCCCACCAGAUAGUGACAUUCAUUAUGUGGGGGAUAUAGUGGCUGAAAAUGAAGAAGAAAUGACUGUUGAUUGCGAGCAGGUGAUUAGGGAUGAUGUUUUCCCUGAGUUGCUUACUGAGUUUGAGGAGCAGCCCACUGAUAAGGUUACUCCUGAACUCAAACCACUCCCUAGUCACCUGGAGUAUGCAUUUUUGGACACAGAGGGCCAACGGCCUGUCAUAAUUUCAGCUCAGUUAGAGUCGGGACAGAAGGAAAAAUUGUUGGAUGUUCUUAGGUGCCACGAGCAGGUCAUUGCUCGUAAGCUUGAGGAUCUUCGUGGGAUUAGCCCAAUCUUCUGUACCCACAAAAUUAAGUGUGAGGAGGGGUAUAAACCAGUCGUGCAACCGCAACGACGCUUAAAUCCCAAGAUGAUGGAUGUUGUUAAGGCUGAAGUCCUGAGGCUUCUGGAUGUGGGUAUAAUUUACCCGAUUUCAGAUAGCCAAUGGGUUAGCCCUACUCAUGUGGUCCCCAAGAAAGGGGGUAUGACGGUUGUUCAGAAUGAGAAGGGGGAACUCCUACCUAGUAGGACUGUGACCGGGUGGCGGAUGGUCAUUGAUUAUCGUAAACUGAAUGAGGCCACCCGAAAGGAUCACUUUCCCUUACCUUUUAUUGACCAGUUGAUUGAGAGUUUGGCGGGGCAUGUUUAUUAUUGUUUCCUUGACGGGAUGAGCGGGUAUUUUCAAAUACACGUUGAUCCCGUUGAUCAGGAAAAGACCACUUUUACUUGCCCAUUUGGGACAUUUGCAUUUCGUAGGAUGUCUUUUGGUCUAUGCAAUGCCCCUGCCACAUUUAUGCGUUGUAUGAUUGCUAUUUUUGAGAAGUUUAUUGGUGAUUUUAUGGAGGUUUUUAUGGAUGACUUCUCAAUCUUUGGAGAGUCAUUUGAUGAAUGCCUCCAUAAUCUGGAGAAAGUUUUAAUUAGGUGUGAGGAGACCCACUUGGCCUUAAGUUGGGAAAAGUGUCACUUCAUGGUCAAGGAGGGUAUUGUGCUAGGUCAUAAGGUGUCAUCUAAGGGGAUUGAGGUUGACAAGGCGAAAAUUGAGGCUAUUGAGAAACUCCCGCCUCCAAAGAAUGUGAAGGCUGUCCGUAGCUUUCUCGGCCACGCUGGCUUCUACCGUCGUUUUAUACGGGAUUUCUCAAAAAUAGCCAAACCUCUCACCCGUUUGCUUGAGAAAGAUGCUGAUUUUUUGUUUGAUGAUGAAUGUUUGCUUGCUUUUAAUUGUUUGAAACUUAAGUUGAUGGAAGCUCCAGUUUUAGUUGCUCCAGAUUGGGAAAUUCCCUUUGAGCUGAUGUGUGAUGCUAGCGAUCAGGUGGUCGGGGCCAUUCUUGGCCAACGGAAGGAUAAUCACUUCCGCCCCAUCUAUUACGCUAGCAAAACCUUAGCGGGACCCCAAUUAAAUUAUACCACUACAGAGAAGGAGCUUCUGGCUAUUGUGUAUGCUUUGGAGAAGUUUAGGUCGUACAUUAUUUUGUCUGAAGUAAUUAUCUACACCGAUCAUUCGGCGUUGAGAUAUUUAUUUCAGAAGCAUGACUCUAAACCUAGACUUCUCCGUUGGAUUUUGUUGUUGCAGGAAUUUAACAUAGAAAUCAGGGAUCGGAGGGGUUCUGCCAAUCAAGCAGCUGAUCAUUUAUCACGAUUAGAUGCUGAUUUGGUAGACUCUUUCGGUAAUGAUGAUGUUAUUGAAGAACUUUUUCCUGAUGAACGUCUUUUGCAGGUUGAGAUUGGGUCCGAGGUACCUUGGUAUGCAGACAUAGCCAACUAUUUAGUAGGCAAUGUUGAGCCUACCGGGUUAUCUCGACACAUGUUAAAAAAGUUUUUGUCUGAUGCAAAGUAUUAUUUUUGGGAUGAUCCUUAUUUGUUCAGGAUUUGCGCUGACCAGGUAGUAAGAAGAUGUAUUCCUGAGAGUGAAAUGAGUGAGAUUUUGUACCAUUGUCAUGCUGGCCCUGCUGGGGGGCAUUUUUCUGGUAAUAGGACAGCAAGAGGAGUGCUAGAGUGUGGGUAUUAUUGGCCCACGUUGUUCAAGGAUGCGAAUUCUUAUGUUGCCUCAUGUGAUAGGUGUCAACGGGUAGGAAAUAUUUCUAAACGAGAUGAGAUGCCCCAGACAUAUCUAUUGCCUUGUGAAGUUUUUGAUGUCUGGGGGAUUGAUUUUGUAGGCCCGUUUCCUAGCUCAAGAGGCAAUAAAUUUAUUUUAGUCGCUAUUGAUUAUGUGUCAAAGUGGGUAGAGGCUAUUGCGAGCCCUACCAAUGAUGCUAGAGUUGUUGUGCGGUUUGUGAAAAAAUUGUUUUCCAGGUUUGGAGUCCCAAAAGUUUUGAUUAGUGACCGAGGAACCCAUUUUCGUAAUGAUCCGCUAGCUCGUGUUCUGUCUAAAUAUGGGGUUCAACAUCGGCAAGGAGUAGCCUACCAUCCCCAAACUCAAGGGCAGGUAGAGAAUGCGAAUCGGGAUCUUAAGGCUAUCCUGGAAAAAACUGUAGCGCAAACUCGUAAGGAUUGGUCAGAAAAAUUAGAUGAUGCGCUAUGGGCUUUUAGGACAGCUUACAAGACCCCGAUUGGUACUACUCCUUUCCGAUUAGUUUAUGGGAAAUCUUGUCAUUUACCGGUGGAAGUAGAACAUAGGGCACUUUGGGCUUUAAAUACUGUUUGUCUUGAUUCAUCUAGUGCAGGUAAAGAGCGGUUCUUUCAGCUGAAUGAAUUGGAUGAGUGGAGGGCUCAGGCCUUUCAUAAUUCAUAUUUGUAUAAAGAGAGAGUGAAGCAGGCUCAUGACAAACACAUUAAGGCGGACCGCCAGUUUGUGGAGGGGGAGAAGGUGCUCUUGUAUAAUUCCAGGUUGAGACUUUUUCCUGGGAAACUGAAGUCCCGAUGGACGGGACCAUACACUGUACGUCGAGUAUAUCCCUAUGGAAGUGUGGAGAUUGAGCAUAAUGACGGCCAGGUUGUCAAAGUCAAUGGCAACCAACUCAAGCACUAUUUUGGCGGAAUGUUUGAGAAAAGGAAGGAAGUUUUUUGCCUUGAACCAGUUUAGGAAGGAGGUCUUAUCGUCAAGCUAGUGACGUUAAAGAAGCGCUCCUGGGAGGCAACCCACCAAAAAAAAAAUUUAGAAUUAGGAUUUUUUUUUUUAUGCAUCUUUUUUUUUUUCCCAUUGUUUUUUUUUGUUAUCAUCGUGUGGUUGUGCGGUUGUUUGGUCUGAAAUGCAGGUACGGCAGAAUGAUCAUAGACUGAUGUGGAUGAAGAAACACAACCCUAUGUUGAUGGAGCUCCUCAUAGCCGCGAGCUGCAGUUUACUUCACAGUUGGCCCGAGAGUGGUAUGAGAGUUGGACACAACAUCAAACACUUGCAUGGUUAAAGGUUAAAGACCUACAUAUGCUCAAGAAGUUGGGGUCUCCGGAGAGAAACUGAAUUUUGCAGCAGAUGCGACACAAAUUAAGCUGCUGGGAGCUUUUACCUGGUUUGAAGUGCUGAUUUUUUUAGGACCAGAGCAGCUGGCCGUUGGGGUGCAGACAAAGUAGCUCCAGCAGCUCACUUUCAGACUACCAGCAAGCUUUGGUAGCAGCAGAAUGCGGGAAUAAGUACACAGAUAGGAUCUCACAGCAGCUUCCCUUUUGAACUGCAGCAGACACUAGGACACUACCUCGGUUAUGGCAGCUCUACACACUUGAUUUGGAGUUGGAGGCAGACAUGUGCAGGAUUUCCAGCGUUUACGCAUCCAGAAGAAAGCUAUUUCAGCUUUAAGAUUGAGGUACCAGACACACUACCCGGUCUUCCCAUCACAAGACAUCGAGAAGCUAUCCUUUUACGCUAUUCUGAAGGAUAUUCGGGAGGUUAUUCACCAUUGUUUGGCUUGUACGGUAUUCUGCCAACUUUUACUACACUGCUAAGAAUGUGUGUUUACUCUCAUAUUACUCCUCUUGUGUGGUUUGUGUUGAUUAUUAUUCUGAUUAUGAUGUGUUGCCGGGCUGAAAAUCAUUUUAUUUGUUAACCUGCCCCUGUUAUUUUUGUUUUAAUCUUUUCUUUGACCUCGAGGGCGAUGUCACCCUUAAGUGUGGGGAGGUUUGAUUGUAGUUGGACAUGGCAUUUGGCGAUGAAGUUAUUCUGUCCAAAAACAUUUUGAGGUGCACGAGGUUUUUUCUGGUUUAGCAACGCAACAGAGGUAACUUGUUAAUCUUUAUUUUCUUUUGUAAACUUCCAUCUCCUCCAUCUUUCUUGGAAAGAACAAGUAAUGUUGUAAUCAUCGGGGUGGUGUGUAUAUUCUUGGGAAUGUUGACACGUUGGAUGGUUUGAUUUGUGUUGAUUAAAUUCGGUCUUACUCGUGAUUCACUAGUUCGCUUCAAUAAUUGCUUGCCUGGCCAGGGGUUGAAAAUCCUUACUCCGUAAGGAGCUCUGCUUUCUAAGCAUAUCGGGAUAACUUCAUGCUAAGCAGGUAACUGAUUCUUGUAAUGGGGUUACACUUCAUGUGUCGAGAAUUUCAUCCCCGAAAUGGGGCUCUGCUCAUCUCGCGAAUCACCUCGUGUGAGAGUUGAGUACACAGUAAUGAGAUAAACUCCCAGGCCCUAGAGCUUGAAUCAGUCCUGCAAUCCAGAACCUGGUCAACUUUACAUAUUCAAAAAAAAAAAUAAAAAAAGAAUCACGAGUAGUCCGAGUUUUAUCACACAAUUCUUGGUUUUUUUUGGAAUGAUUGGUGGUUUGGAUUUCACACACCUGCACCGUUGGGACCAUCAUGCUUUUCUUUACAUUUUAGUCGGUUGGAGAGGGAUUUUACUUUUGAAAAUAUUGUUUAACAUGUGAAUCUUGGUUUCGUUGUUAAGAAAGAAAAGACCUUGUGCAGUCAUUUGUUUUGAAUGUGAAUGAUUUUUGAACCAGGUGUUACAUGUGAUUAUUUUGUUUUCCGUGGGUUUAAUGCACUGUUGCUUGGGGGCAAGCAACGCUCAAGUGUGGGGAGAUUUGAUAGGCUCGUCCCGUUCCUAUCUUUUCACCUAUACUUUGGGUGUUAAUUGUCUAAUUUUUACAAUUAAUCGAGUGACUAUUGGGGGUUUUGAGUGAAAAUUUGUUAUUUUUCGGUCCCGGUGGCAUUCAUAUUCAGUGUAUAAUUUUUUACACAAUUUGACAUUUUGGAGUAAUUUGAUUGUAGAGUUACAUGUUAUUAGCAGUUGUGGUGAGUUGUGAUUUUACAGGCCGAAUUUGCGGUGAAUAACAUAUUGUUUGGGCCGAAUCAUUUGUGGGUUACUUUAUUAAGUGAAGUCCAAAAAAGCAAAGAAAAAAAAAGCCACUUUAGCAGCCCAAAAGAAAAAAGAGAAACGGAUCAGCUGGGGUUUUUUUCUCAUGGAAUUCAGCCGCACCAAGGGGGAGAUUCUCUUUUCUAUUCGUAGCAGCAGUUCAUAAGCAGCCGGAGGAGGAUGCGAUUCUUUCUGUUCCAACAGCAGCCGUAGCAUACAACCAAGCAGUAGCCACAGGUGGAGUCUUUCUUUCUGUCCUUCGUUAACUAGCUGGCCCAAGGAUUUUUCAUUCCUUUCUUUGACAAUCAACCGUAGCAGCAAACAAGAGACCAAGGAAUGCAUAAACUUCACUUCUUCUCAUUUUAUUUCAAUUCAAUUCAGAUUCUAAACAAGAAUUGUAAGUGUUAGCCGUUUUUACUUGACUAGUUCUUGAUUUGGAUUGAAUUUGGAGUUCGGUUGUCUCCAACUGGUAGUUUCAGACUUUUCCAUUGAUUACUUAUAAUUCAAUUAUUUCUCU